GCCAUUCAUCAUCUCACAUUAACUCGAUCUCAACAGGGCGACUAAGGCCCAACUGAUUUAGCGACUGGGACUCAUAAAUCACAAUCCAAAAGACUGAGGGGUUUACGGACGAUCACUGUUAGGCCCGAACGCUGAGUCGUUUGGGCUGGGGUAUAUCUCAUCAGUUGCAGAUACUAUCCACAUCGUUCUGCGUCAAGAAAGAUUAGUUGAUCCCUCCAGAGCAAGUGUGUCAUCAACUCUCACCAACCAUGGAUAUCGAAGCUUUCCGCAAGGCCGGCUACCAGGCCAUUGACAGGAUCUGUGACUACUAUGCAUCCAUGCACGAACGCCCCGUGGUAUCUCAGGUUAAACCAGGGUACCUCAUCGAGACACUCCCAGAGAACCCACCUGAGCACGGGGAGCAGUUCGACGCAAUUGCCGACGAUUUUCAGAAACUAAUCCUGCCAGGAAUAACACACUGGCAGCAUCCGAACUUCUUCGCCUACUUCCCGACGGCGAAUACGUUUGAAGGCCUACUCGGUGAUCUUUACUCUUCUAGCGUCGCGAAUCCUACAUUCAGUUGGCUUGCUAGCCCCGCGUGCACCGAGCUUGAGCAAGUGGUCAUGGAUUGGGCUGCGAAGCUCUUCGGCUUGGGAGACCAAUUUUUGUGCAAGUCGAAGGUUGGCGGUGGUGUUAUCCAGACGACCGCGUCUGAGGGUGCUAUUGCUGUCUGCGUCGCUGCACGCACCCGGUAUCAGAAACUUCAUCCGGACGCUAAACUCGAGGAUCUCGUUAUCUACACUAGCACACAGACCCACUCGCUGGGUACGAAGGCAGGGCUCGUCCUCGGGCUAGAGGUGCGUGCGUUAGAGGUCAAGGCGGAGGAUGAAUACGCCCUCCGCGGCAGCACUUUGAAGGAAGCCCUGGAAGCCGACUUGGCACGCGGGAAACGGCCGUUCGUUGUCAUUGCUACUGUGGGUACCACUAGCUCAGGCGCGGUCGAUGAACUAGACGAGAUCGGGGAAGUUCUGAAGGACUAUCCGUCGAUAUGGUACCACGUCGAUGCCGCGUGGGCGGGUGUCGCCUUCGCUUGCCCUGAGUUUCGUUCUGCGGGCAAACUACACGCCGUCAACAAAUACGUCCAUUCAUUCUGCACGAAUUUUCAUAAGUGGGGGCUUGUCAAUUUCGACGCUUCAGCCCUCUGGGUGACUGACCGGAACUACCUGACCGAUGCACUCGACGUCACUCCCGAGUUUCUGCGAACGAAGCAGCAUGACGCUGGCCUUGUCGUGGACUACCGCAAUUGGCACCUUGGUCUCGGCCGCCGCUUCCGUUCUCUAAAGGUCUGGUUCGUUCUCCGCAGUUACGGCAUAGAAGGGUUUCAGAGACACAUCCGCAAGGGAAUCGAACAGAACGCGUACUUUGCCUCCCUCGUCUGCGCCUCGUCCGAAUUUGAGCUCAUGACGAAGCCUUACCUCGGACUCUCUGUAUUCCGCCUUAAGGCCCCUGAGUCUGUCACCGCUCAGGGUCUAGCGGCCACGAACGACCUCAAUCGUGCGCUGUACUCGCGAUUGAUGGAGGACAGUGAUAAGCUGUACAUCACGCAGACAUUGCUUAACGGGGUGAUCUGCUUGCGAUUUGCUAUUGGGGCACAGAGGACCGAGAUAGAACAUAUUGAUCGAGCGUGGAAAGUCAUCAAAACGAGCGCACAGGCGAUUGUGCAGGCUCUCUAGCGUAAAAGAGUCAAAGAUAGACGAGGAAUACUCAGGGCUUGUGGAUAUGUACUUUAAAUCGCUCCAGUUCAAACAUGCUAAAGGUUUCCUGACCUUGCC